AUGAUGUCUCCGAUGGACUCGGCGGGCAACGCGCGUCUGGAAAAGGCGCGAGCGUGUAUCCGCAAGACGUUCGGACCAGGCGGCAGCGGACGUCGCACCAAGCGCGCGCUGGAAAUGGCGGACGAGGCGCCGACACAGGCCAAGACUCCGCGAACAAAGGUGCGCCAACGGAUCGCCCAGGCCUCGCAGCUCAAUACGGAGAGACUCUUCUUCCAAGAGUUUGGUAGCAGUGAGGAGCUCAUACGCGAAGAGUUCGACCUCGCCCGGCAAGCGGGCCACCCCCAGGUAGCAGGAGUUCCCACUAAUUAUUUCUCACUAUCGUCGACGGUAGCCACAGCCUUCACUAGCUCGUUGCCUGCGCCGUCGACGGCAGAUGUGAGCCAACUGACGCGACCCUCGCGUAUCCGGACGCCGCGAAAGGCGGCCACAAAGAGAGGUCGAGCAGGAGAGAGCAGUGCCGAGAAGGCGCUUGUGUUGAGGAAGCCCAGACUAGGUGGCGUCAGUGCGAGAAGCAUAGAUUAUUCCAAUGCAGGCGCAGCUCCAUCGUCGUCUUUGGACGCCCGCGCAUCUUUUGCGUUUGUUACCAACCGUGGUGACAGCCUGUCGACCAGAUUCUUCUCGAGAACGUCACCAAGCAAGUUCCAGUUCUCGUCGAACGCCACGAGACUGUUCUCCCAGCGCCAGGCGCCGCUGCGGUAA